AGGAAGAUACCUUCCUUGCACAACCAAUCACACAUACAUAGUAACCCAAUUUACUUAAAUUGAUUCUUUUUUCUUUCAUUUCCAUACCACAAAAAAUGAAAAUGCCUUCUUUUCUUAAUUCUUUACCUCAACGCUCAUUCUUCUUCUGUUUCCUCCUUCUUCCACUUUUGCUUUUGCUUUUGCUAUUAGUACCCCCUUCUUCUUCUUCUUCUUCCUCUAAUUAUGAGAAGAAAGUAACAAUGUCAUUUUACUACGAAACUUUGUGUCCUUAUUGUGCUGAUUUCAUAGUGAACCAUCUUGUGAAACUAUUCCAAACGGAUCUUAUUUCUAUUGUGAAUCUUAGAAUGGUUCCUUGGGGAAAUGCUGGGAUUGCACCUAAUGGUACUUUUGAUUGUCAGCAUGGAAAAGAUGAAUGCUUCCUAAACACGAUCGAGGCCUGCACCAUUGCAAUAUAUCCUGAUGUGGCAAAACAUUUCAGAUUUAUAGAAUGCAUAGAACGUCUCACCUUACAAGAUCGGUAUAGAGAAUGGUCUAAUUGCUUCCAAACGACAUCAAUAAUUGACUGCUACAACAGUGGCAAUGGAAAUUCGAUUGAACAAAAGUAUGCUAAGGAAACUGAUAAACUUAAUCCUCCUCAUACAUUUGUUCCAUGGGUGGUUGUCAAUGACCAUGCACUCCAAGAGGACUUCGAAAAUUUUGUGACAUAUAUUUGCAAGGCUUACAAGGGAAAAUUGAAACCAAAUGCUUGUAAAUCACUUUCAACAAGAACUUAUUACGACUCGGAUGUGAAAAUGGACUCAUUUCAUCGUGUUUGCUAUGUAGAUGAAGCAAGAAAUUUGACCUUACUUAACUAGUCGCAUAAUUAAGGAGGAAAUCUCUAUGAAAAUGAACUUGGAAUGCAUUUUUGGUGUGUUUCAUGUGGCUGUUAUAGAAUUCUCACUUUGUCACAAUCAAUAAGUCAUAUAUGUGCAUGACUUGCCUUAGAAUUUAGAAAGUGAAAAGCAUCAUAAUAAAAUAAAAUUUGAGGAUUUAUUCCUUCAAUUAUGCA